GUGAGACUGAGGCAGAGAGACAGAAUUGAGAGAGAGAGAGAGAGAGAGAGAGAAAUGGAUGAGAGAACAGACAUUCCUACUUGGGUGACUGAAUAGCUUAAUUAUGUCUGUCCAGUCAAUAUCUGAGCAUUUGUGAGCUUGAGAGAAGAGCGGGCUGCUGACCCUGCGUGCGGCUCGGACAGAAUACUUUUGGCUUUGCAAUGGGACUGUGGCUCCUCCAGGCCGCCGGUUUGGUCACUUCUCUCCUUCACUGCGCAGGGACUGUGCGAGUGACCAUGAGGCAGCGCGGCCUGGACGUUGUCCAGGGUGACUCCAUCAUACUGCCGUGCUCCUUCUUCACCAGGAGUCCGCUCUCCCGCCUCAGCAUAGUUUGGACCAGGACUCCUCUCUCUGAUCCCCGGUCCCCAUCGCAGGUAAUCGUGUACGAUCACGGACAGGCGAUCGAGAGCCCUGCCCUGAUGGGCCGCGUCGCUUUCCUGGACGUGCCCUGGAGGGCUGACAUCAUACUGAACGCCACGCACACCUCCGACGCCGGGAUGUACCGCUGCGUGGUCAGCAACCCCCCCGAGGCGGGGGGGCCCGGUGUCGGCGAAGUCACGCUCAGCGUCUUCGCACCCCCUUCUCUCCCUCUGUGCCUCUGGGAGGGGGACGCCAGUGCGGGGGGAAGCGUCACGCUCUCCUGUGCAGUGCAGGAAGCCGUCCCUGUACCCGAGAUGCAAUGGGAUAAGCUGGAGCCAGAAGAGAUGUCGCUGUCCAUUAACAUGGACGGCACCCUUAAAGGGACGCUGUCAAUCGAGAACGUUUCUUCUCAGAAUUCAGGACUGUACCGCUGCACUGUGUCCAACGCUCUGGGGUCUCAGUGCUGCUACGUCAGGCUGCAUGUGUACAGCUCUCCAGAAGCUUCUCCCGGUGUCCUGCAGGGGGCAUUGCUCUCCCUGACUAUGACCCUAGUGCUACUAGCUCUCUCAGCACUGCUCUUGUGGCUCCGUCAGUCUGCAAGCAUGAGGUGGUGGCAGGGGGAGGAAGACGGGUGUUAUAACAAGAUCAGGUACACCCCCAGCCUCAUCCGCCGCACCUUCGUGUGACCACCUGCAGGGGGCGCCCUCGCCAAGAAGCUCUGUAGGCGCACCUGUCACUGCUGGCCACUUCAUCCUCACUGGCCACGGGCUGGACCGCCGCUGCUGAAUUAUACGAGACCUCUAUGCACAGAUGCUUUUCCCCCCACCUGCUUCAGCAAUGAAAUGCGUCCUGCUAGACAAACCUGGCGCCUGAUUCCCUGCUGCAGCAUUAUUGUGGCACAACUGAAAAGGAGGUUUUCCAUGCGUCUACCUGUCUACAACCACCCGUUCACAUUGUGGUCACCUUUAGGGUACAAAUCCAUGAGAUGAAUAAAAUAUACUGACCACUGACAGCUUCCUGGUUUGUUUUGUCAUGGUCUAAAUCUGGGAGGAAGGACAAAAACCAUCAGUAAGAAUGGAACGUGUACAAUAGAACUGCAAAUAACACAAAAAGCUUUAAUUUAAAUAGGGGAAAUCUCACAUAAAAAACUGUACAUGACUUUAUAUUGAAUUACAAUCUUUAAAUAAAACAAAGGACCGAAA